AUGACGCAGCCCGAAGACGCAUACAGUUACAAAGAUGCUAAAAACUGGGGAAAAAAAUAUUCACAAUGUAAGGGAAAACAUCAAUCUCCGAUAACUCUGAAGGACGAUGGCCCGAAAUAUUUUCCAGAUCAUAAAAAAAUGCUGAGACUUGCAGAUUUUGAUAAAUUUCCAAAAAAAUUGAGCAUAACGAAUACUGGUCACACUGUGGAAAUGAAAGCCGAUUGGUCUGGAAAACCUCCAAGUGUUACUGGUGGACCCCUUAACGGGACUUACGUAUUUGAAAAGGUGACUUUUCAUUGGGCCCCAAAAAAGAGUGGAUAUUCCAAUCCCGAACGUAUUUUUGACAACCUGGAAAGAAGCUUGCAUAAGGUGCAAUCCCUUAAUUCGACGGCGGAAGUACCCCCGUUUCGCGUUGCGAGUAUUCUCGAGAACUCAGCAUUUUUGUUUUACGAAGGCUCAUUAGAUUAUCCCCCUUGCUCGGAAUCUGUGUCUUGGAUCUUAUAUGAGAGUAGCUAUCCUAUUACCGACGGUCUGAAAAUAAAGUUGUCCGAUGGAGACGUGUCGAAUGUUAGACCUCCACAAGCACUAAACAACCGUCGAAUUAACAACGUGUAUAAUCACAAAGGAAACGAGGAUUUGGAGAAGCUAAUCAACAGUAGCCAAUGA